AUAAGAUUCAAUUCUACUAGAUGAAAUGAAAUUAUUCAGAGUAAAUUUGCGUAUCGCGGUAUCGCAUGUCAUUUAAUCGGUUUCGGUUUAAUAUUCGUUGAAAAUUGCACCCUUUCGACGAGUCAAUGGUAUUUGAAAUAGCGCACAUUCUAGCGCAAGAAUGUGCUUAAUAAAAAUUUGAAAAUGAUCUUUUCUUAUACCCAACAUUUCUAAAAUUAUUGCAAAAAUAUUUAACCCUAUACGUGCCUCUUAGGAAGUAAACAAAAACUUGAAAGUCAAAUGAAUAAGGUUACCAUAGAAACUGAACCUACACGCCUAAAAGUUUCAACCCUUAGUCGAAUGGCGGACUUCGAACCGUUCUGUUUCGUUUGUAAUAAGACUGUUGUGUGUGCUUUUUUUACAUUUUUUAUUAUUAAUUCGUCUACUGUAAAUUUAAUUCCGAUUACUUAGAAAAUCUGAAGAAAUGUCCACAAACUGAUCAUGGUUGCAGAAACAUUAAUAAAACAAUAUAAAAAUCACGGGGAAUUUUUUUUCGACGACGAAGAUGAUCCAAGAAAAAAAUUAUGCGAAUUCGAAGACGACGAUUGUUUCAUAAACCAUUUGGAAAAGCAAUGCAAUGCGAAUGUAAAUAGCAAUUACGAAAGAAAUGUGAACGAAUACAACGACAGUAAAAAACCCAAAAGCAUUUUAAUUAAUCACGAAAAUGAAAAUGUUACCAAAAAAACAAAACCCAAUAGAUUUGUAAGUUUUACAUUGGAUGAAAAUAAGAAACCUUUCACAUCAUCGAUUUAUUAUGGAGUGAAAAGUUAUUUGCAUCAUUUCUACGAACCUGUCAACAAAACAGCUUACGACAGCGAAAAUUUGAUGGAGGAUGAUUUUGAAUUCAUUGUCGAGCCUGGCAGACGUCGAAGAAGCUGUUGGUUUUUGAUAAGCAUAAUGACUGGAAUACUUUUUUUAUUAGUUGGUAUAAUUAUAAUUUUAGUAGCUAAUUUAACACCAUUAAAAAACCCGGUAGUAGGUAUUAAGCACAAUUUAGAAAUACUAGAUCAAAAAGCUAUUGCAUUUAAUCAAAAAAUUGAAACAUGUCAGUUUCUCGGAUUGAUUAUUUUCUGCGCCGGAGGAAUCAUAAUCAUGUUAACUCUUCUAUUUGCUACCUACGAACAAGAAUGCGGUUGUAAUAAUAUAAGAAAUCAACUACUAUAUCCAUCUUUAAUAGAUUCGAACGCUUGGAUUAGAUACGUAGAGGGAUAUCCUAAUCCGAGUGAUAGUAGGAUUCCUCUUUCAGAAGAAAUUAAAGCUGUACAGAUCGAUAGAAUAAAAGAUUAACCAUUGUUUAUGAUUUUGCAAUAAAACGUUUAUAAAAACCAA